GGAGUUUCGGUUUGGGUUGUUUUGGGCCUUCAAAGAAGGGCUUCUGAGAUUCCCUUUGGGCCGAAACCUGGCCCAAGUUCUGGACCCUACUCUUCAUGAGUGGACCACACGUCGGCCCAAAAAAAGAAUUUGGGAGGGAAGUAUCGGCAGAAAUGGCAGGGACACUAUCGGUUUCAUCGUUCUCUCCAUUUCUUCGUUACAUCCCAAACUCUCGACCUUCCACUGUCACAUUGAUUCGAUCCUCCUCUUCUCCGGUGACACCGCCUACGUCCAUGGAUACUCCCCGGGAAACCAAGAAAGUAGUCGUUUGCGGUGGCGGAGUGAUCGGAGUCUGCUCUGCGUACUUUUUAGCCAAGAAAGGGGCGGCAGUUACUCUCGUCGAGAAAUCUGCAGUCGCUUGCGCCGCCUCGGGUAAGGCCGGCGGCUUCCUCGCCCUCGAUUGGUGCGAUGGUGGCCCCGUAUCCACCCUUGCGCGCGCAAGCUUUAAUCUCCACCGCUCGCUCUCACAGGAGCUCGAUGGCCCUAAACAGUACGGCUACAGAGCCCUAACGACUCUCAGCCUUACGAUUUCAGAAUCGCAGAACCCUCCCACUCCCUUUACCUCCACCUCCAAAUCCACCGGCGAUUCCGUCGUGCCUUCGUGGGUUGACGGUCCAGUUCGGAAUACGAGAACGAUCGGAAACACGGAAACAACGGCGCAAGUUCACCCACAGCUCUUCACUCGGACACUCAUAUCGAAUGCAAUCGAAAAGUACGGCGUGGAGGUUUUGAUCGGGAAAUUGGAGAGGAUUACGUUGGAGGGUGGCAGAUUUGAAUCGGCGGUGCUGGAGGACGGCCGAGUAAUUAACGCUGAUGCGGUGGUUCUGGCGUUAGGACCAUGGUCUGGGAAGUUCGAGCAGCUAUCGUCGCUGUUCAGAGUGUAUGGCCUGAAAGCACACAGCAUAAUUUUGGAACCUAAGGAGCCGGAAGCCAUAACCCCGCAUGCUCUGUUUCUAGGUUACUAUCCGGCUCAGGGUGGAAAGCCUUUAGACCCAGAGGUGUAUCCUCGUCCCACUGGGGAGGUAUAUUUGUGCGGGAUGUCGGCGGUGGCGGAAGUGCCGGAGGAUCCAGAGGAGAUUACGGCCAAUCCAGAAUCGAUAAGCGUUCUAAAGAGAGUAGCGAAGACUGUGUCAAGCCGAUUGGGGGAAGGAGAGGCGGAAUUGAAGGCGGAACAGGCUUGCUUCUUGCCGUGUACGGAUGAUGAUUUGCCGGUGAUCGGGAAGCUUCCGUCGGUGAGUGGGUGUUAUGUGGCGACUGGACACAGUUGUUGGGGAAUUUUGAAUGGGCCUGCAACUGGAGCGGCCAUGGCUGAGCUUAUUUUGGAUGGAGAAUCAGCAAUUGUUGAUCUUAGUCGGUUCAGCCCCGCCAGGUUUGUCGGACGAAGAAGAAACCGUUGAUAAAUUUAAAUGGGGAACGAACAGGUUUGGUUUCUGACAGAUGGAUAAAUCUCUGUGAAGCUUUUAAAAUUUUCCUUUUUAGUUUCAUAGAAUGCACGUUCUAAUUAUGUAUGGAAUCACUUUCAUAUAAAAAUAUUGAUGUUUGCAAUGUAAAAUUAAAAAGGAAAUUACUUUGAAGUGAUUCGUUUGAUACUGCCCUUGAUUAAAGUUUUCAAUAAAAGAUUUUUUUAUUUUUGAAGGAUAAAUUCAUUAAACCUAAACCAAAUUACUGCCACUCUCAAUUAUAGCAAAGGAGAUCCAAGAGGGAAUAUUAUCCCCCCAAAAACAACAACCAGACUCUUCCAAAGAAAAGAAGAAGCAUAGAUGCUCAAAAAAGGAUACAAAGCGGGUGGGGGAAACCGCUUUAGCAGCCCAGUGUGCGGUUGAUUUGCAGGAGCGAGAACACUUGGAGAAUUGAAUAUUCCCCAAGGCAGGAGCAAUGUGUAAAACAUUACAAGCCACAGAUUUUAUGUUCGAUAUAUCUGAGUUAAUAUCCUUCAGAGAAGUGAUCGCCUCAGCCACAAGCGAAAUGGGGAUCUCACCUCGAUAAGAUAUCAAAGCUUGCAGACUCUUCUCUAUAGCUUUCAUCUCCAGCACCUUAACCUUCCAAACUCUAUUAAUCUUGAGGAAGCCGACACCAACCAGAGAUCCGGUAGAGUCACCCCUCCAACACCCAGCUCCCGAACCAACUGGCGUCAGUGUUCAUUUUCCAACCAAAGAGGGGUGGAAUCCAAUGAUCAUGACUCGACGAGCUAUCCAGCUUCGGCCCACUGAGACAAACGAUUCUUGGUGGAGUGUUCACGAAAGCUGAUACUGAAUGCGCCCUUAUAGAUAUGAAGCCCACGAAAGCCCCCGGGCCUGACAGGACUCGUGCUCUCUUUUUCCAACACUUACGGGAUAUUGUGGGUAAUGAUUUAUCUCGCGUUUGUCUUAGUAUCUUGAAGGGGUUAAACCGUACUUUUAUUGUUCUCAUCCUCAAAGUGAAGAGUCUAAGAGAUUGUCUGAAAUUAGGCCAAUAAGCCUUUUUAAUGUUGUGUAUAAGUUGAUCUCGAAGGCCUUGGCGAACCUUUUGAAAAGAAUAAUUAAUGAAAUUCAGACGAGUUUGGUAGGUGGAAGGAGAAUGAAAUCCGGAGAAAUUCUCUUCCAUCGGAUGCCGAAACCAUUCUAAAAUGAA